ACUCAUUCUAUCCCAUCCACUUUUACUCUCUAUCUCCCAUUUUUUCCCCUUUAUUCUCUCCCUCCUUAUAGAUGGCAGCCAAAGGGAACGUGACAGAGAUGGAACGGAUUUUCGAGACUGACCCUGAUCGGAUGUGUGUCAGAGAUAGCAAGGGUUGGACGAGCCUGCACCACGCGGCCGCCAACAACCAGACCUGCGCCUUGCAAUUCCUCGUCAACCAUGGGGCAGACUUGAACGCACAGGACAAGCAGGGUCGGACGCCGUUGCACAUUGCAGCGGAGAGGGAAGCCUUGCAAGCAGUUGACAGUUUGAUGGAUUGCGGCGCCGACUCCUCCGUUACGGAUCUGCAAGGAGACACGGUUCUCCACUGGGUUGCGAACUUUAACAAGCUAACAGUUCUUCAGCGUCUCCUGGCCCAUGAACACAAGGUCAAUAUCAUGCAAGGUGACAGGCAGGGACGAACUGCUCUCCACAUUGCUGCCAAACAUGACUACGACUUGUGCGCUAAAUACAUACUGGAGAGCGUCAGCUACUGGGGCAAGUGUCCCAACCAGCCAUGCAGCAACGGCUACCACCCCAUCCACAUCGCCGCCCGCAACGCCUCCACGAAGGUCCUCGAAGUCCUGCUGACGUGGGCGGAAGCGCGUGGGUGCAUGAGGAAGAAGAUGAUCACCGUGCCUGACUUGGAGGGUAAUGUUCCCCUCCAUCAGGCCGUCCAUGGAGGGGAGAUCAAGGCGGUUGAGCUGUGCAUGAAGAGCGGUGCAAUCAUUUCAACACAACAGGACGACCGAUCAACGCCAGUGCAUCUUGCCUGCUCUCAGGGCGCCAUCGAGAUAGUGAAGCUGAUGUUUACGCUGCAGCCUGAUGAGAAACUGAAAGCUUUGAGUACCUUAGACGCCCAGGGAAUGACGCCCCUCCACUGCGCAGCCAUGUUCGACCAUCCGGAACUCGUGGCGUAUCUCAUCCAGGAGGGCGCGGAAGUCGACCAAGUGGACCAGGAAAAUCGCUCCCCCCUCCUGCUGGCGGCGUCCCGGAGAGGCUGGCGCACCGUGGACGCCCUCCUCGCUCACGGCGCCGACCCCACCAUCCGCGACUCCCACCUGAAGAACCUGCUGCACGUCGUCAUCAUGAACGGGGGCUCCAUCAGCGACGUGCUCUCGCUCAAGCAGGCCAGGGACACGCUGAGCACAAGCAGCAUUACGAUGAUGCUGAACGAACAGGACUCCAUGGGCUGGUCCCCCUUGCACUACGCCUCCCGGAGCGGCCACAUCUGCUCCCUGUCAUCGCUCCUGAAGCUCGGGGCCAGCGUCAGGACCAAGGACAAACGGAACGAGAGUCCGCUGCACUUCGCCGCCAACCCAACGGAGGUGCUCGGGACGUCAAGCAAGAUCCACGGUUGCAUCUGCAUGGCCCUCAUUCGGACUCUGCCAAAGGUCUUCGAGUCAGUGCUCUUCCAGGCCAUAGUCAAGGCAGACGUCAAGGAGCAGGCCAAGGACUUUUAUAUCAAGUACAACUUCUACCCGCUGCAACUGACCCCUGAACAACUCGACGCAGAGAAGAUCAAGCAGAAGAAUCCGAAUUUUCGUCCAGAGCCCCUGUAUGCUUGCAAUGCGAUGGUGGAGUCCGGCCGAGUGGAGCUCCUGAUGCACCCCCUCACCCAGAAGUUCCUCGAGAUGAAGUGGCAGGCCUAUGGGAAGUACAUCCACCUCUCCAACCUCUUCGUGUACCUCGUGUUCCUGGCGCUGGUCACCAUCUUCGCCGUCGGGGUCCUAGGACAGCAGAGUUUCGUCAUGUCCAAUGUAACGAGGGUUCCUGUGGAUAACGUGUCGGAUAUAACGACCACCGGCGAGUUUCAGUUACAUAUCGAAGACACACCUGGCUGGAUGUUCUGCAUGGCCAUCGGGAUAACUGUGUUUGCCGUGUUGAGUAUGAUGAAGGAGGCAUUCCAGAUAUACUACCAUCGACUUAAGUACCUGGCAGAAGCGAUCAACUUCGUGGAAUGGACAAUGUACCUGGCAUCGAUAUGUAUGGUGAUGCCUGUGUUCCUUGGCACCAAUUGGCACAACCAGCAGUACAACUCGGCCGCCCUUGCUGUCUUCUGCUCUUGGUUCAUACUCCUCAUUUACUUUCAGAGGUUUGACCGGAUUGGGAUAUACAUUGUGAUGUUCCUUGAGAUUCUGAACACACUUAUAAAUGUUCUUCUUGUGUUCUCUGUUCUUAUCGUCGCCUUUGGACUUGCCUUCUAUAUCCUGAUGUCACAUGGAGGUCAGCUGUCCUUCUCGAACGUGCCGAUGUCGAUGCUGCACACUUUCUCCAUGAUGCUCGGGGAGGUCGACUUCUUGACCAUCUACGUCUACCCCUUCUACCAGGAAAGCACCCGGGGGGACAUCCUGCUCUUCCCACGCACCACGUUCGCCCUUCUGGUAAUCUUCAUGAUCCUGAUGCCGAUUCUACUCAUGAACCUCCUUAUUGGUCUGGCUGUUGGGGACAUCGAGAGCGUGAGGAAGAAUGCGCAGCUGAAGAGGAUCGCUAUGCAGGUCGAAAUGCACACAGAACUGGAGAACAAACUCCCCGAAAUGAUCAUCCGGCAAGGAAAGAACGCAACGAUGAACAAGAUCCUCAGCGCGUUCAACUUCGCCUGUCCGUUCAGCGACAAGAAAGGAACGGAGCUCGAGUCGGCGGACAGCGCGGGCGACGACUACCUGUGGGAGGAGCUGGAGGGGCAGAGGAGGCGCCUCAGGGACAUCUCGGCCGUCCUCGACACGCAGACGAAGCUCCUGCGGCUCAUCAUGCAGAAAAUGGAGAUCAGGAGCGAGGCCGAUGACGUGGACGAGGGCGUGAACCUGGAGGACAUCAUGAAGCCAUUUCCCAACCGUAAAUUCGCCCCGUCGUCAGCCACCUCCAGACGCGCCAUCUUGUACAGGAAGGAGUGA